UUUUCGCGGCUUGCUUAACAACGCGCAUUAGUAUAUAUUAAAUUAUGACUUAAAAAAACCACACUUCUUCGUACGCUUUGUUUUUUUUAUUUUCUCAAGACACUUCACAUUUCAACACUUGUUCAAAUAGUCAAGCUUGGCGAUUAGCAAAACCGAUAUUACGUGAAUCGCCUUGCCCUGUUGACACUCUUUGGCUGUCUAAAUCCGUUUGCCCUUUUUCAACCGGUCGACCUAAAAACACGAUGUGGCGCCGUGACUAUGCGGGUAUUAGCCGUGUUUAUUUUUUGUCAAAUGAAUUAUGUGAUAAAUUACUAAGCCACACUCGUCGUUUCAACCCGUUUUUUUCGGGACGUGGAAAUUAAUUGGAGACGAGGAACGCUAGUUCGACAUAUGUUUCUACCCGAGCUCAUUUUGUGGAAGGACCCAACUAGCAAACAUGCUACCGACUCCGUCUUUCAGGCUGUUUUUGUGCAUCUAUUGUAUUUAGAUGUAAAUUAAUGUAACCGUUUUUUAAUUGCGCUUACGACAAGAUGCCCUCCUGCUGAAGAACAUACCCGAGCCGCUUCUUCAAGGAACUAACUGUGUAAUGUGUGCGCUGUUGGAAGCGUCACUAAAGCGAUAUUAAAACAACAAAUACGUCACUGUUGUUUUUUCCAUUCAAGAUCCCCGGGCUGUGAUUUAAACUCGCCCACAGGGAUGCCGAAUGCCAGUGCCAGGCCAAAGCACGGCAGGAGGAACCGGAGACGGCGCAGAGAGGACCCGGCCAGGAACGAGCUGGUGUCCAGUUCGCUUGAGAGCGCCCAGCAGUGCCUCUUCAGCCAGGAUUAUGGAACUGCGUUCGUGCACUACCUCCUUGUCCUCAACCUGGCCCCCGAGUUUAGGGACUUUGCCAAGGAGUCCUUCCGGUUCACUCUCUUCAAAUGGGCCGACGAGCUGGACUCUGUGGGCCGUAUUCAGGACCUGUUCAACUGCUACGAGCAAGCGCUGGAGCUCUUCCCCGCCGACGAGGUCAUUCUGAACAGCAUGGGCGAACACCUGUUCAGAAUGGGUUUUCGAGACGAAGCGGCGGGCCACUUCUACAAAGCCCUCAAACUGAAGCCCGACUACCCAGAAGCGAGGGAGAACUUCUACCGGGUGGCAAACUGGCUGGUAGAGCGCUGGCACUUCCUCAUGCUCAACGACCACGGGAGGAACCGCAAGUACCAGCAGGCCAUCCAGAAGGCGGUACGCGGCGGCUGCAGCACCGUGCUGGACAUCGGUACUGGCACCGGGAUCCUGGGCAUGUGCGCUAAGAAGGCGGGGGCGGCCGAGGUGUACGCCUGCGAGCUCUCCAAGACCAUGUACGAGCUGGCUUGCGAGGUGGUGACCGCCAACGGGAUGGACGGCGCCAUCAAGAUCCUCCAUAUGAAGUCCAUGGAGAUGGAAGUGCCCAAGGACAUCCCACACAGGGUGUCGCUGGUGGUGACGGAGACGGUGGACGCCGGCUUGUUUGGCGAAGGCAUCAUAGAGAGUCUCAUUCACGCCUGGCAUCACCUGCUGCUGCCUCCACAGAGGGGAGAGACUAAAACCAGGGAGCCUUCUGAGACGGGUCGAGUCAUCCCGGCGGGAGCCACCAUCUUCGCUAUGGCUGUGGAGUGCCUUGAGAUCCGCCGCCAUAACAAGCUCUGCGUGGAAGAGGUGGGCGGUCUCUCCUUGGCCGAGGCCGAGCAUCUCCGCAGUCCGGUGAGCUGCAGCCCCGAGCCGGACGACUCCAUGGAGCCUUACACCACCGAGAGGCUCAGCAGACUGCCGGGAGGUUACACCGCCCUCACCGAGCCGCUCACCGUCCUCCACAUCGACUUCAACGACGUGCAGGAGCUGGAGGGGCUGACCUCCAGGCAGGUGCAGCGGGUCCGCCUGCCCGUGGUGCAGCAGGGCGAGCUGGACGCCCUGGCCGUGUGGUUCCAGCUGCACCUGGACGAGGACAGCAGCUUGUCCACGGGACCCCAGGAGGACACCUGCUGGGAGCAGGCCAUCUACCCCGAACAUUGCGCAAAGGGUUUCCUCCUGAAACCUGGAGACGAGCUGGUUGUGGAAGUCUCCUGCAAGGACGCCUACCUGAGACUCUGCAGCGUUGCCGUACUCCGAGACGGGCAGGAGACCCGUCUAGGCAAGUAUCCGGACUCUCAGAACUCCACAAGCCUAAUUCCCAACCCAGAAGUGGAGCUGUGCAGCGCGCUAGCGUCGUUGCAAACCGACCAAAAUCCGGCCAAAGACCUGUGCAUGCUGGAAUGUUCGGAAAUGGCGCUCCUGAACAAUCGCGACUACCACCGGAGCUUCGGCAGCGCCUUGUCCAAGCUCAUGGCCCGACUGAAGGCGGAGUUCCAAAGACAGGAACCGGGAUUAAGGGCGGAGCCGGAACCCGCGGACCUUCUCUACGUUCUGGACGUGUCGGAGGGCUUCUCUCUGCUGUCCCUCAUGGCUGCCGGCCAAGGGGAGGUGAAAGCCUUCAGCUCCGUGGAGAAAAGCCGGCAACAGGAAGUGCUGAAGCGGCUGGCUCGGGCCAACAACGUCCCCGAGCAGCGUUUGGAGUUCUGGCUCAACCACACGGAGGACGAGCAGGGCGUGCUGCAGAGGCCCUCCAGGGAGAAACUGUGGAGCGCCAUCAUGCUGGACUGUGUGGAGACCUGCGGACUCGUCAGGCAAAAACUGAUGGAGAAGGCGUCUUUGGCCAGAUGUCUGCUGGAGCGCGGAGGACGCGUUUUCCCACAGAAGCUGGUGGUGCACGGCAUGCUGGUGGAGUCUGACAUGUUGCUGCUGGAGAGUGCUGUGCAGGGCCAGGAACCCACGCUGGGAUUCAACAUUGCUCCUUUCAUCAACCAGUUUACUGUUCCAGUCCAUGUGUUUCUGGACUUCUCCACCUUGGCGUGUCGACACCUGAGUGAGUCAGUGGAGCUCUUUGUGCUGGACCUGAUGGACGCUAAAGCUAACUACACCGACAGAGAGGUCCAGGUCCAGGCUACUUCAUCGGGCAGAAUCACGGCCAUCCCCUUCUGGUACCACAUCUUCUUGGACGAGGACAUCAGCGUCAGCACCCUCAGUCCACACUCUCACUGGAAGCAGGCGGCCGUGGUGCUGCAGCAGCCGCUGGACGUUGGGGCGGGAGAGCGAGUGCGCCUGGCGGUGAAGCUCCACAACAGCACCAUCUCCAUCACGGCGGCAGUGGAGUGACGUCACAGUGCAGGUGUGCUACAUAACUUUGCGACUAAACAGACAAUUUACGCGUUUGUUCUCAAGUCAUCUUGUCAGUUUUAUUGUAGAAAAUAAAGCACACAAAUAGAAGACUUCAGUAACAUCCCUGCAGGUCAGUAACAUUAAAUGGCUGAACAUCUCAGGCUGAUGAAGACAAAGACGUCUCACCGCUAAACAAUGAACUAAGAAAGUAUGUCACAGAAUUUACACACAUUUUAGUGUUGACAGCGUACUUUUACACUGUCCACUGAUUACAGUCCAGGUCAGGUGUUUACACACACUUAUCAUGGCCUCACUAUCCAAUAAUCCAUUCACAUCCAAAUCGCG